AAGAAAGUGCGUGCUUUGGCCCGUUUGCAGACCAAAUCGUCCGGCCGACCGGCAGCCAUGUACCUGCCGCCGCUGGAAAACCUUAAGGUCGAAAGACCUGCCCUGACCCAGCAGCAUUUCGACGCCAACUACAAAUACGAGAAGAAGGAGAAGGAUGCCCUCAAAAGUUUCAAGGAGCGCAACCUGGACGGCUUCAAACUGUCAAAAUGGGCCAAGCAGACACUACCCGUGCUCGACUGGGUGCCCAAGUACGACUGGAGGGUAGACGGGCCGUGCGACUUGAUCGCCGGCAUCACCGUCGGCAUCAUGCACAUUCCACAGGGUCUUGGUUAUGCACUUCUGGCCAACGUACCACCGGUGGUGGGCAUCUACAUGGCCUUUUUUCCAAUGAUCCCCUACUUUUUCCUUGGCACAUCUCGUCACAAUUCAAUGGGUACUUUUGCCGUGAUAUGUCUUUUGGUUGGUAAAUCAGUCUCCACCUACGCACUGAAUCCCCUGUAUACACAUGAGGUCACCAAAGAGGUCAAUGGCACUCUUAUAACGUUAACAGAAAUGUAUACGGAACUCGAGAUAGGAACUGCAACCACGUUUUACUGCGCAAUGUGGCAGCUGCUGUUGUACUCCCUGCGUCUCGGCGUCGUGUGCACGUUUCUGUCAGACGCGUUGGUGAGCAGCUUCAUCACCGGCGCCGGCGUCCACAUUUUCACGUCGCAAAUCAAAGAGAUCGUUGGAAUCAAAGUCGCCAAGUUCAAAGGACCCUUCUACAUGCUCUACAUCUACAAAGACAUGCUGGAGAAGAUUUGGGACUCGACUCCAGAGACGCGAACCACCAUGUACGUGGCGCUCAUUAUCUCGGCAAUCUCCAUCGCGCUCCUCGUCACCACAGCUUUCGUCAUCAGGCCGUGGCUGGAGAAAUACACCAAGGUGCCGUUCCCGGCCGAGUUGAUCCUGGUGGUGGCCGGCGUGUACGCCUCGGUGAACCUGCAACUGCCCGACAACUACGGCAUCAGGGACAUCGGCGAAAUCCCCACUGGAUUGCCCGGUCCGCAAGUUCCGCACGUCGGACUCUUCAGCGUUCUGAUCGUGGACAGUUUCGUGACGGCCAUCGUCGCCUACGCCGUCUCCAUGUCAAUGGCCCUCAUUCUGGCCGAGGGCGAGGACUAUGUCGUUGAUCCCAACCAGGAACUUUUGGCUUUGGGCGUUGGAAACUUAGUCAACUCUUUCUUUUCCUGUGUGACGUUCGGAGCUUCCUUGAGCAGAAGUAUGGUGCUCAGAGGCGUGGGUGGCAAAACCCAAUUCACCGGUUUAAUAGCCAGUGGCCUAAUCGUCAUCAUCCUCUUGUGGAUUGCCGACUACUUUGAACCCCUGCCUAGAGCGAUUUUGGCGUCCAUCAUCAUAGUCGCCCUGCGGAAAAUUCUGAUCCAGGUGUUUGAUCUGCCCGUUUUCUGGCGCCGAUCGCGUCUCGACGGCGUGGUGUGGAUUAUUGUUUUCCUCAUUGUGGUCAUCGUGGACGUGGACGUCGGCCUCGGCGUAGGCUUUCUGCUGUCAGUCGGCGCUGUUUUCAUGCAGGGGCUGAAGGCGUACACAAGUCUGCUGGGCCACGUGCCCAAUACUGAUCUCUAUCUCGACACUGACAGAUACAAAGUGGCGCGAGAGGUGCCGGGAAUCAAAAUCGUGCACUACAGGGGCGGUUUGAAUUUCGCCACCAGGGACAGCUUCAAAGACGAGGUGAUCAGAUUGACAGCGAUCGACCCGAAAAGGGAGGCGCGCCGCCGUGACAAGAUUGCCAAAAACAAGAGCAAGAUGCAGGAGUUUGGCGUCACCAACUUUGGCUUCAUGGGCGACAACUUGGGCAGAUCAGAGGCGCCGCCCGCCGAGCCCAAGAUCUUGUGCAUCAUCCUCGACUUAUCCGCGCUGAGCAGCAUUGAUCCUGCAGGCUCGGACAAGAUCAAGUCGUUGGCGCACGACUACAAGCAGGUCGACAUCACCGUCUGCAUCGCUGGCGGAUCAGCCCAAGCCCUGGAGAAAAUGAAGAAGUGCGAGUUAUUCGAGGGGGAAGAUGCCGUUCCCGCGUUUCCCACGGUGCACGACGCCGUGGUCUUUUGCAGACGCGCCAUCAUGGAGACGGAGCGGCUGUAAACGUCGCAAUCAUUUUUAUCAAAAUCCCAUCGUUUGUAUCAAACCGACUGCUGAAAACACGGAUGUAAUAAAUAAUGCACCCUUCCUUUGGUAAAAGAGCUACAAUUCAUUUCACCCCGUUCGAUUGGAAUUUUACGAGUGGACGGAGCCUCGAUUCAAUUUGGUUCAGUCAGACGGCCAAAGUGGCCCGAGAGUCAACAUUUGCAUAAGUGGCUGGCUGGCUGGACGGGCCCAUAUUUUUUUGAUGGACGAGAAGGGAUUUAUUUGCCUACUUACGAGCCGGCGGGUGGGCGAAAUGAUAUUCGGCUGCUGGCCGGGAAAAAUGAGGGAAAAUCCAAUCUGUCGAGCGGAUGGCUUUACGGUCGCCCGAGUGAGUGAGGACAUCAGGUAGAGAGAGGGAUGAGGAAAGAGGGUGGAAGGGGACGCGGCGAAAUUGCAGACAAAAAUGCCUUUCCGGCCGUGUGUCUCUUGGCGUGGGACGAGGGCGGAUUUCCCUUCUCGCUUACCUGCAACAGAAUAAAAAGAGGCGAAAUUAGAGAGAGGCACGUCGUCGGCGGUGAAGAAGCAGUAAAAUGCAAAUCCCAUGCGAGAGAGAAAAAGACGCUUUGGACCCGACCGCGGUAAACGAAGAGGCUUCUACAUUUUCCAGCAGUUUGCUGCUUUAGUGCGACUUUCAACGUGGAACGAAGAACAGCGUUGAUGCUACUUUGGAUUUUAUGCACAAGUUCCGCUUUUUCCUUAGCGAUCGCACUUUUUUUUAAUACCGUUUGAGAUCUUCAAAAUAAGGAAUAAAGGUCAAAAUUUGGAUUCAAGACUAAAUUUGAUAAAACUUGAAUUUAUUUUAG